AUGUCCUACGACUCUACUCUACCCGACUUGGUGACAGGCGUAAUAACAAGCCUCUGCUCUUCUCAGGCGGAGGCACAAAAACUUCCGCACUCUUCCCAUCCGAAGAAGGCCGAAUCUCAAGAUCUGCUACCUCCCAGGUAUGAUACGUCUGCACCGCACUCGGCUCGCGAUAUUGCCACCACUUGA